GUGGAAGAUGGAGCACCAGCGCACCGAAGUGCCCUUGCAAAUCAGGCCCGUUCGCAACUCGGUAUCAAGUCACUGCCGCAUCCAGCAAGUUCACCGGAUCUCAAUCCCAUUGAACCAAUCUGGCUAUUACUCAAGAGUUGUGUGGCAGAUAUUCAGGGUUCCUCCCGAUCCAUUGAGGCCCUCCAAUCGGCUGUGAGGGAGGCUUGGGAUGGCAUAUCAGACAAGGAUGUUGAGAGGCAUACAUCUCAGAUGGAUGCACGUGUAGAAGCAGUCAAAAAAGCUCGAGGCUGGCAUACCAAGUUCUGA